AUGGCGAUGGCUAGAGUCCUGCUCCGGGCCCCUUUCGGGCUUCGCAACAUGACUGCUCGAAGCGCUCCCGCAUCAUUUUCUCGACCAGCUCCCUGGCUUUGCUGGCGUCGGUAUCCCACCCCCGCUCACCAGGUGCGGAGCAAUCACACCACUACCGCUCAGGCGGAGUCCCCCGAAAGUCCCAUCGAUUUCGACAGCAACAUAAUGGAGCUUGAUGACAAGCUCGCAGAGAAAAGGGACAUCAAGGGCCUCUUCUUUGGUAAAGAUAGCAUCAAGUUCAAACUCGAGAGCACCGGCGGCAGCGAGUCCCACGAACUGUCCUAUAUAUGGUUGCGCGAUGGCUGUAAAUGUCCUCAGUGUGUUGAUAGACACUCCAAACAGCGAAACUUCCGGUCCUCGGACAUCCCGCUCGAUAUCACCCCCAAGUCAUUCGGAUGGGAUGGGACGACCCUCACUCUCAACUGGAACAAAGAUAUCCCCGGAUUCAAGGCAAAUCACGUCACGAAGUAUGAUGCGGAGGAAUUGAAGUACCCUUUUGAACGCCAAUGGUAUUCCUGGUCUGCCACGGGCCCGGAGAGACGUCGGAUGGCUUGGAACGCAGAAAAAAUGCAAGAAUCCCAGCACUGGAUUUCAUACGAGGAGUAUAUGCACAACGAUGAAAAGUUCGCUGUGGCUAUGCGCAAUCUGUCUACUUUUGGCUUGAUAUUCGUGAAAGGCAUACCGGACUCGAGAGAAAUGGUCGAGAAGAUUGCUACGCGCAUGGGACCCUUACGAAACAGUUUCUAUGGAUCUACGUGGGACGUCCGGACGAUUCCCGAGGCUAAGAAUGUUGCAUAUACUAACAAGUACCUUGGAUUUCACAUGGAUCUCAUGUACAUGAAAGACCCGCCGGGGUUCCAGCUCCUCCAUUGCCUGCGCAACUCAUGUGAUGGCGGCGAAUCGCUUUUUGCGGACGCGUUCAGAGCGGCUAUCCUGAUUCGAAAACACGACCCGCAACUCUUCGAAGAUCUGAAAAACACACAUAUUACUUACGAGUACCAACACAAGGAUCAAUCCUACCAGAACAUUUGGCCUGUCUUCGAGACAUCGCCUUUUGUAAGUCCUUAUAACACCGUUACGCACGUGAACUAUUCGCCUCCAUUCCAGGGCGUCGGGAUCCCGAGGCCCGGCACAAAGCCGUCAGUGAAACGCGAGCAGGAGGAACUAAAAGCUCUGGAAACGUUCGCGCGCCGCUUGGAACACAAGCCCAAUAUCUUCGAGUUGAAGCUAAAGCCCGGCCAAUGUGUGAUUUUCGAGAACCGCCGCGUGGUUCAUGCGCGACGUCAGUUCAACACCAACCGCGGAGAGCGGUGGCUUGCUGGGGCCUAUGUCGAUGAAGAUGCGGUUUUGUCUCGUUUCCAGGUGUGCAAAGAGACGUACCCGCAAGCGUGGCGUUCGGCUAGUCGACGCAAACCCUAUUGGGAUACAAGCGCUGCUGAGCCUGCCAAUCCUGAAACCAGCGAAGGACUUGCGGAUCUCAUGAGGCAGUUGCUUAAGAAGGACGCAAAGAAGUGA